GUCGUCGAGCGGAGGGAAGACCCGGGGAGGUGUGACGGGAGUCGGGUUGUGGCUCCCUAACCACGUGGAAGGACUCUGGGCGGCUGGAGCCGCGCGGCGAGGAGGGUCCCUAGUUGGGGCCUAGCGCUGAGAAUAUGCAGAUGGCCGCAGAGAUGAGGGCAGCGAGGAGGGUCUGUAGAGGGGUGCGAGAGAUGAGGAGAUGAUUCAGAGAAACCGUGGCGUCCAGGGACCUGGAGAGGGUCCCAGACGUGAGGCAGUGGCCGAAUCCAUUUAGGACCUGGGGAGUCGUUAGAGCGGGACAUCGGUGUGGAUGGACAGAGACGUGAAGUAGCAAUGUAGAGAGAUUGAGAAGGAUUCAAGUAGGGUGAUGACGGGGGAGAGUUGGAGAGAGUGAGGGCUCUGAAAUGCUAGGGUCUGCGCUAAUGAAAGCCACCAAAAGCAGGCUUUCGCAGUAGGGAUGUGGGUCCUUUUCAGAGGUGCAUCCCCCCUUCGGAUUUUGCUGUCCUUGCGAGGGGAGUGGAUGGGUCGAAGGGGUUUGCCCCGCAGCUUGGUCCCAGGACCUCCUCGCAGACGAUACAGGAAGGAAGCUCUCCCAGCCUUGGAGGUGCCAGUGUUACCUCUAACUACAACCGAAAUCCGCCAGUAUUUGCGCACACAUGGGAUCCCCUUCCAGGAUGGUCACAGCUGUCUUCGGGCACCCAGUCCCUUUGUGGAAUCCUCUGAGGUCAAAGAUCAGACUAAUACUAAUGCUUCCUUCAGCCUCUUCAUUGAUAAAACCACAGGACGUUUUCUCUGCAUGACCAGCCUAGCAGAGGGAAGCUGGGAAGAUUUCCAGGCCAGCGUGGAAGGAAGAGGGGACAAGGCCAGGGAGGGGAUCCUGCUUACUGAAGGCCCAGAAGCUCAGGACAGUGAGGAGAUCCAGAGGAUCUGGAAUCGAGCAGUACCCCUGGGGGAGCUGCCUGACCCAGAGGAGGCUCAGCUGGCUCGUGUGAUGUUUGGCCUCACCAAGGUGACAGACGACACACUCAAACGUUUCAGUGUUCGAUAUUUGAGACCUACCCGAAGCCUGGUCUUCCCUUGGUUCUCCCCUGGGGGGUUAGGAUUAAGAGGCUUGAAGCUACUAGGAGCUGAAGGCCAAGGGGAGAGAGUACGAUAUGUGGAGACCACUAUUCCCCGGCCUGGUGCCUUCCACAACCUGUUUGGAUUACCACUGAUCAGCCGUCGAGAUGUCGAGGUAGUCCUGACAAGUCGUGAACUGGACAGCUUGGCCUUGAGCCAGGCCACAGGGCUUCCUACUCUGGCCCUACCACGAGGAACAGUCUGCCUGCCCCCUGCAUUACUCCCUUACCUUGAACAGUUCCGACGUAUUGUGUUUUGGCUCGGGGAUGACCUCCGGUCCUGGGAAGCUGCCAAAUUAUUUGCUCGAAAACUGAACCCCAAGAGAUGCUCCUUGGUGCGACCUGGGAACCAACAACCGCAUCCCCUGGAGGCCCUGAACCAAGGCUUAAGUCUUUCUCGAAUUCUUCGGACUGCCCUCCCUGCUUGGCACAAGUCUAUUGUAUCUUUCCGGCAGCUCCGAGAAGAGGUACUGGGAGAACUGUCGAAUGUGGACCAAACAGCUGGCAUCCGCUGGAGCCGCUUCCCAGACCUCAAUCGUCUCUUGAAGGGGCAUCGGAAGGGCGAGCUGACAGUCUUCACAGGGCCAACAGGCAGUGGAAAAACGACGUUCAUCAGUGAGUAUGCCCUGGAUUUGUGUACCCAGGGGGUCAACACACUGUGGGGGAGCUUUGAGAUCAGCAACGUGAGACUAGCCCGAGUCAUGCUGACCCAGUUUGCUUUGGGACGCCUGGAAGAGCAACUGGACAAAUAUGAAGAGUGGGCUGACCGCUUUGAGGACCUGCCCCUCUAUUUCAUGACUUUCCACGGACAGCAGAACAUCAGGUCUGUAAUAGACACAAUGCAACAUGCGGUCUAUGUCUAUGAUGUUUGUCAUGUGGUCAUCGACAACUUGCAAUUCAUGAUGGGUCAUGAGCAGCUGUCUACAGACAGGAUUGCAGCUCAAGACUACAUUGUGGGGGCCUUUCGGAAAUUUGCAACAGACAACAGCUGCCAUGUAACACUGGUCAUUCACCCCCGGAAGGAAGAUGAUGACAAGGAACUACAGACAGCAUCCAUUUUUGGCUCAGCCAAAGCAAGCCAAGAAGCUGACAAUGUUCUGAUUCUGCAGGACAGGAAGCUGGUAACUGGGCCGGGUAAACGGUAUCUGCAGGUAUCCAAGAACCGUUUUGAUGGAGAUGUAGGUGUCUUCUCACUUGAAUUCAACAAGACCUCGCUUACCUUCUCUGUCCCACCAAAGAGCAAGGCACGACUGAAGAAGAUCAAGGAUGAUAAUGGACUUGUGGCCAAAAAGCCCUCUUCUGGAAAAAAAGGUUCUGGGUCCCAGAACUCUGAAACUGGUUCAGUCCAGGACACGAACUCCCACCAGCCAGAUAACUCUUAAGUUUUCAAGUUAGUGCAGAACUGC